CUGCAGUUAUCGUCACCGGCCGACACCUUGAUCUCAAACGCUAUUGCCACAUCUCCAGUUAAACUUAGGUUUGUCCCUGGCAUUGAGAGGCAUCGACUCGUGUUGAGGUCAGACAGAAACAACCGCUCCCAGUUACUGAGCUCGUGCUGUGAUACCGCGCGCACUGACUCAGCGAUGUAGCAUGUGUAGUCUGGUAAUAUUCAUAUUUUUGUCAAUCGGUUAAAUUACUACUCAGAACAUUUGCGUUAAAAACUCAAUGUAGUUAACUCUGUGUUUUAGACUAUAUUUUUCUAGUGUUGCAACGGUUGCCUGGAAGCAAGAGAAGAGCAAAGCACUUCUCCUUGGAGACUUCCCGGGAUGCAAGACUCAAGCGCGAGACACAAGAGUGAAGCGCAAUACUGCUGUCUGAUUGGCGAAUAGUCCAUCGCUAUAUCUUUCACAUGUGAGUUCUAGGCUUCUCGACGGAACCCUAGCCAGGUCUUUUGAAACCAGGACAAGACCACGAUAUCUUAACUUGUAGAGAUAGUAGAUUAACAUUUGUCACGGGUUUUUUUUCGGGAAAGGCUUGUGAUUUUCGAAAGAUACGGUGGCCCUUUCCGUGGUGCUGAAGAUAGAAGGACUCUUAUCUUGGCGGAUCUACGGCUGAGGAGAUAUCGUACGCGAGCCUUCACUUUCUGCUCCUUAAUCAGCUUUAUGAUUUCAGAUACCUUCGCUAAGUUGGACACACGGAGUAAGAGCUGAAGCACCAUGCUGUGGCUCCAGUGUAGAGUAGUAGACGCUGUGCGUGGGAGGAGACGAAUGAGGGCCACGGCCGUCAAGUUACCCUGCUCCUUUUGGUUCCUCCUGCUGUUUGGCGCCGGAGGACUCGUCCUCUUCAUACACCUCCAGGAUCUAUCCGAGAUGGUCCAGCAGCAGGCUCCAGGUGUGAAGCUCAGAGGAACAGCUCGCGAUUCCAGAGAGGCUCUGUGUACUCAGGAGACAGAGGCCAUGAAAGCUGGCCCGGGGCAGAGGACGGUGGAGGGUCUCACCAGCCCCAUCUCUCCCAUGCAAUUCCCUGCCUUCGAGUGGACCAGGCAGUCAGCCACCCCUGGCUCCAGGGAACAGGACAUGGACUCCCUGCGUGUCACCAAGCGUCACAGGAAACUGCUGAAGACCAGCCCCGUGGUCUCCAGCCACUCCCACAACUCCUCGUCUUCCUCCGGUUUCCCAGGCUCUCCUCAGGAGAGGUGGCAGUGGCACCGGUUGUCCCACAUCCAGGAGGCUCGGCGCAGGCUGAUGAAGGAGGUCUGUGCCAAGUACAAGAGCAGCAUCUCACGGACGAUCACGCCUCAUCAUGUGUCCCGCAUCUACGUGGAGGACAAGUACAAGCUGCUCUACUGCGAGGUGCCCAAGGCCGGCUGCUCCAAUUGGAAGAGAAUCCUCAUGGUUCUGUCUGGCCUGGCCUCGUCCACGCAUGAGAUCAAACACGACGCUGUUCACUACGGUAACCAUCUCAAGAGACUGGAUAGCUUUGACCGGCAGGGCAUCACGCGGCGCCUGGAGACGUACACCAAAGUCCUGUUUGUCCGCGAGCCCCUGGAGAGGCUGGUGUCUGCAUUCAGGGACAAGUUCCAGAACCCCAACACCUACUAUCAUCCGGUGUUCGGGAAGCCCAUCAUCUCCAAGUACAGGGUUAACGCAUCCAAAGCAGCCCUCAGGACGGGCAGCGGAGUGACCUUCCAGGAGUUCAUGCAGUACCUGUUGGAUGUGCACCGGCCCGUGGGCAUGGACAUUCACUGGGAGCCCGCCAGCCAGCUCUGCAGCCCCUGUCUCCUGGACUACGACUUCAUUGGCAAGUUUGAGACCAUGGAGGAGGAGGCUAAUUUCUUACUGCGUAGGACUGGUGCACCUCAAAAUCUGACCUUCCCUAGUUUUAAAGACAGGAACCCUAAGGCUGAAAGAACUUCCACCCAUUUAACACACCGCUACUUUGCACAGCUCAGCACAUCGGAGAGACAGAGAGCUUAUGACUUCUAUUACAUGGACUAUCUUAUGUUUAACUACUCCAAACCUUUUAAAGAUUUGUAUUGAUCGAUUCUGGAUGCUGUUUUAGUCACCAGAAGUUUGCACAAUGUAAGGUUUCUCCCUUUUAAAAGUAUCACAAGAAGAUCAUCACUUGGAAAUGAUGCCUCGAAUAAGCCUGUCAGUGUGGUCCUUUACUAAAUACAGAUGCCAAACAUUGAACUUGCAAACAAUGUAUCCCUGCACACACACACACACACACACAAGAAGACAGUUCAGUACUUUAAAUGUGUAAAGUGAAAAUGGUGCCCACUCAUCCUCUUUUUAGCUUAGCGUAGCAAAUUGUUUUAGCUUCAAAAACACUGGCACAGACUGAGCCUAUGCUGCCACACUACUACUGAAGAGUGUGCCUGGGCGGUCCCAGUAGGGAAACACCUUCUAUGGGCGGUCCCAGUAGGGGAACACCCUCCAUGGGCGGUCCCAGUAGGGGAACACCCUCCAUGGGCGGUCCCAGUAGGGGAACACCAUCAAUUUAUCCCUGCAUCCUAUCUUACUUUACCACACCAUUUGCAUCCUACUAGCUAUAUGAAUAUCCUUAUCAUGCUUUUCUGAAUCUGAUAUUAAAAACUGUACAAAGGGCAUUCAAAUUAGUAUACAUAUAUAUAUUUUUCUAUGUAUUUCUAUAAUGGACAUAUUUAGUGCUUCUUUGUGUUUUUAUUUAAUUUCUGAUAUAAUUGAUUGUUCUUUCAGUAAUUCUAUGGUGUAUAAAGAAUAUCAGGCUCUCCUUAGUCCUCCUGGGUUCCACUGUACAUCAUACUCGUUUAAUUAAAACAAAAUGGUUACAUGGACCGAUACAAACUCAAAUCCCAUGUUUCCUCAAUCCCCCAAUAUGCUCCUGUACUAGAAUAUUGCGGUUCUGUUACGUAGAUAACUGAAACCAUCCUUUAUAUUGACAGUCACAAAGUGGGCUAAGCUAAUCUUUGUGUGUGUAUUUUUGUGAGUGGGAUGUGCGGGUCUAUGUGUAUAACCCCGUUUUCAAAAAAGUUGGGACGAUGUUUAAAAUGUAAAGAAAAACAGAAUGCAAUGAUGUGCAAAUCAUU